CAAAAUAUUUCCAAUAGUCUCCUGUUAUAAUAAUUUCAAUUCCAAUAAGAAUUGAAUGGCAGGACAUGAAUCAAGAAAAUGGAUGAUUUUAGUGGCAACCAUAUGGAUUCAAGCAUUCACUGGAACCAACUUCGACUUCUCAGCUUACUCGUCGGAAUUGAAGGCUGUUUUGGGAAUUUCACAGGUGCAGUUGAACUACCUGGCAACAGCAUCCGAUCUAGGAAAAGCGUUGGGAUGGUCCUCAGGGUUGGCUCUGAUGUAUAUGCCGUUGUGGUCCGUCAUGUUCGUGGCUGCUUUCAUGGGAUUAUUUGGUUAUGGGAUACAAUGGCUUGUCCUUCUUGACCUCAUUUCCUUGCCUUAUUUUGUUGUAUGUUUCCUUUGCUUGUUAGCUGGAUGCAGCAUCACUUGGUUCAAUACUGUUUGUUUUGUUCUCUGCAUAAAGAACUUUCCUUCUAACAGACCAUUAGCACUUGCACUCACUGUAAGUUUCAAUGGAGUUAGUGCAGCCUUAUACAACCUUGCUGCAAUUUCUAUAAAACCUUCUUCCACUCAAGUUUACCUUCUUCUCAAUGCCUUCAUUCCCUUUAUCACCUCACUUGCAGCACUUGUCCCAAUUCUUCGACAACCCCCUGUCAAUCCCCUGCCUUCUGAUGCCAUCAAACACGAACAACUCAUAUUCGUUGUACUCAAUUUCCUAGCUGUAAUCACUGGCCUCUAUCUUCUCUUCGUACAUUCAACUGAUUCAUCAACGGCUCGUGUAAUUUUUGCUGGUGCCAUUUUACUACUUGUCCUUCCGUUGGGAAUUCCAGGCAUUAUUUAUGCACGGGAUUGGUCUCACCAUAAGAUUUUCUCUAGUUUUACCCUUGAAGGAUCCGGCUUCCUACUUGUUGAUGCUGAUGAUCUUGAAUUUCAUAAGGAGCUAAGUCGCGAGAAUAGCCAGAUUACUGUAACGUCUUAUGGUGAUGGACCGACUCUGACUCUAAGCCUGACGAGGAUCAUUGGAGCUGGUGGGGCUAGUGAUGAAGGGUGUUGUGGGAAAAUAAUUGGGAAGGAUCAGUUGUUCAUGCUUGGAGAAGAACACAAGGCAGGAUUGCUGGUUAAAAGAUUGGAUUUUUGGCUAUAUUAUCUUGCAUACUUUUGUGGAGGAACAAUUGGGCUUGUGUAUAGUAACAAUCUUGGCCAAAUUGCACAAUCACUUGGACAUAGUUCAAUGACUUCCACACUUAUCACAUUAUACUCAUCCUUCUCCUUCUUUGGCCGCUUGCUCUCUGCAGCUCCAGAUUUCAUCAGACCGAAGCUGUAUUUUGCGAGGACCGGUUGGCUAGCAAUUGCAUUAAUUCCAACACCAAUAGCAUUCUUUUUGGUAGCAGCAAGUGGAAAAGAGGUAGCACUCCAAGCAGGAACAGCUGUUAUUGGAUUGAGUUCAGGAUUCAUAUUUGCAGCAGCAGUGUCAAUAACAUCAGAACUCUUUGGACCAAAGAGUGUUGGAGUCAACCACAACAUUCUCAUCACAAACAUCCCUAUUGGAUCACUUGUCUAUGGCUUCCUUGCUGCUCUCAUUUAUGAUAAUAAUGCCACUUUUUCUAUACAGAUGAUGACUGAUUCAGCAGUUUGUAUGGGGAGGAAAUGCUACUUGUCAACUUUUCUCUGGUGGGGUUGUCUUGCCCUUCUAGGACUCGUUUCGAGUGUGUUGUUGUUCUUAAGAACUAGGACUGCUUAUGAUCGAUUUGAGCAAAAUCGUAGAACAAAUUUGUUGGAUUGAUCAUGGAGUUUAGCUUUAAAAAAAAUUCUAAGAAUUCAAGUGGCCGGCCGAUAUUGAGUCAUUUUGUUAUUGAAUGCCAGGAUACUUUUUGCUAGGAUGCAAUUGUAUUCUAUAUGAAAAAUAAAA